AAUCAUGUAUGGAAUCCCACUAUGUUUAAUGCACGAAGUGAGAGCGGAAUGCGCGUCCUGUGCGGGAAAGGUUGUGGGAGUAACCUGCGGUUUUGAGACUUUUGGAGAGAGCUGGGACGCUGGGCAUCAUGCACACGGAUGUGGUGCUGGUCAACCUGCUAGUUUGGAUGGUCGGUGUGUCCGGGCAAAUACUGCAGCAAUGCAGACACAGAUCGAAAAGAGAAAUGCCUCUAACAGAAGGAUCCAGUCGCAAUAUUGGCAGCCCCCUGUUCAAGAGGAGUCCAGAUAUAACUAAAGCCUGGGGUACAAAGUCAGAGCAGCUGCUAAGGAUAGACGACCAUGACUUUACAAUGCGACCAGGAUUUGGAGGGCCUGCAGUCCCUGUUGGAGUGGAUGUUCAGGUUGAAAGUUUGGAUGCUAUUUCAGAGGUCGAUAUGGACUUUACUAUGACCCUGUAUCUGAGACACUACUGGAAAGAUGAACGUCUGUCCUUUAGAAGCAACAACAACCUGAGCAUGACCUUUGAUAGCCGCCUGGUGAAGAAAAUCUGGGUACCUGACCUGUUUUUUGUCCACUCUAAGAAGUCCUUCACCCAUGACACGACCACUGACAACGUCAUGCUGCGACUUUACCCAGAUGGCAAAGUCCUCUACAGCCUCCGGGUGACAGUCACAUCGAUGUGUAGCAUGGAUCUGAGUCGCUUUCCUCUCGACACACAGACAUGCUCUUUGGAGAUAGAGAGCUAUGCGUAUACAGAUGAUGACCUGAUGCUGUACUGGAAGAAAGGGAACAGGUCAUUAAACACAGAUGAGAGAAUUUCUCUCUCCCAGUUCCUCAUCCAGGAGUUCCACACCACCACCAAGCUGGCCUUCUACAGCAGCACAGGCUGGUACAACCGUCUGUACAUCAACUUCACUCUGCGGCGUCACGUCUUCUUUUUCCUGCUGCAGACCUACUUCCCAGCCACUCUGAUGGUCAUGUUGUCCUGGGUGUCCUUCUGGAUCGACCGCAGGGCCGUCCCUGCCAGAGUGCCACUAGGUAUAACUACGGUGCUCACCAUGUCCACCAUCAUCACUGGAGUCAACGCCUCCAUGCCCAGGGUGUCGUACAUCAAAGCUGUGGACAUUUACCUGUGGGUCAGUUUUGUCUUUGUGUUCCUGUCGGUGAUAGAGUACGCUGCAGUCAACUACCUGUCUACUCUAGAAGAACGCAGGGAGAAGGCACUCCGAGAGAGGCUGUCAUGUACCUGUGGUAUUGCCCAUCCUGGCAUGAUGUCAGCCAGCUACAGUGAGGUGAACGCCAACACUACAGUGAACUAUGGCAUGCCAGAAGUGAACGGGGUGAAACAACAGAGGAUGAUGGUGGAGCUGGCGAUGGAGAACGACCAGGUCACUGGCCACGUUGGCUCCAACGCUUACAGCAACGUCUGGAUCGACACGCAUGUCAUAGACAAGUACUCCCGGGUCCUCUUUCCUGGAUCUUACAUAUUUUUCAACAUCAUCUACUGGUCUAUUUACUCCUAACACAGAUGGGACUCAAACAGACCUGUGGGUAACCGAGGUCUGAACACUUUGAGCAAAAGUGUGAAAAAUCUGUGGAGACUCAGAUGGUCCGGUGAAUGAAUGAACAACACACAGCACAGCAACACGAUCCACACUAGCCCAACGCAAGUAGCGCAUUGGAACUGACUGCCAAGCUAACUUAUGCCACUGCCGGCCAAAUUGAGAAAAGAAAAGCCACUGACCUACCUUACAGGUUCCAGACGAGGCGAGUGGAGGGUCCGAGUUUUAAACUGAUUAGGUGUAAUGUUUUCAUAACUUCCACUUCCUGUUAAUACGUCUUUUUAUUUUGGAAUUUACCGAAACGGCAGUUUCACAGGAUCUGAUCAAACUUUCAAAGUGGUAGACAUGUGACAUCAUUUCUACCACAAGCUACUUUCAAAUUUUACAAGCUUGGUCUGUGCCUAGCUGUGACAUUAGGUGCUUAGCAAAGUUAGAUUAUUUCACCUGUAGUAUCUUUACUCGUUGAUGCCCGGAACAUUGAAGUUAUUUUGGAGCAUUUUGCUGCCUCCUCCUCCAUCAUUUUUUUCCUUUUGAGUCUGA